AUGGUGUUCCAGACGAUCGAGUUUGAUCCUAUGUGCGAUAAGGAGAAUCCUCAGAGAAUAUCCUUCGAAGAUAUCUCUGCAGCAGCUUUCAGAAUACAAAGUGAGAUAAUUAAAACGCCGUGCGUGAAAUCUCACAUGUCCUCCAUAUUCGGGAUGGAUAUCUAUCUGAAAAAUGACUUUCUGCAGCACACAGGAAGUUUCAAAGAACGUGGAGCGCGCAACGCCCUAAUGCUACUUCCUGAGGAGGCUAAAACUCGGGGCGUCAUCUCGGCCUCACUCGGGAAUCACUCGCAGGCCCUAAGCUACCACGCGCAUAAACUGAAUAUACCCACCACUGUGGUUAUGCCCAAUGUCGCUCCAAUUAUGAAGAUCCAGAAAUGUCAGUCUUAUGGUGCAAACGUCAUCGUUCACGGACACGACAUGAAGGAGGCCAAGUAUCACGCUAUGUCCUUGGCUAAGGAAAAGAACCUUACUUAUAUUAAUGGGUAUGACCACCCUCAUAUAAUGGCCGGUCAGGGUACCGUUGGUCUCGAGAUCCUCGAACAGGUACCAGACGUAGAUGCGGUGCUGGUACCAGUCGGUGGAGGUGGACUCUUGGCGGGUGUCGCUACAGCCAUAAAACACCUGAAAUCACGAGUAUUGAUUUAUGGUGUAGAAACCGAGAAAUGUCCUAGCAUGAAGGAAGCCAUGAGUCAUGAGGAACCAGUGAGCGUGGACAUCAAGUCGACCCUGGCCGACGGUCUUGCAGUACCUACAGUCGGCUACAAUGCUUUUCGAACAAUCAAAUCAAUAGUCGACAAAAUGAUAACGGUUAACGAAGAUUGGUUGGCGCGCGCCAUACUACGGCUGGUUGAACAAGAGAAAUACGUGGUGGAAGGCGGAGGAGCUGUAGGCGUGGCUGCUAUCAUAGCUGGACUUGUACCCGAGCUGUGUGGAAAGAAAGUUGUAUGCAUCCUAUCCGGGGGCAACAUAGACACGACUAUCCUGGGACGGUGUUUGGAACGUGGUCUGGCGGCGGAGAAGCGUCUGGUCAAGUUCAAAGUGACAGUCAGUGAUAGACCUGGUGGUAUUGCUGAACUGUGCAAAUUGAUAUCAUCUAUCGGAGUAUCAAUAAAGGACAUUAUGCAGGAGAGAGCUUGGGUGCAGGGAGACAUCUUUAGCGUCCGAGUAAAAGUAGUCUGCGAGACUCGUGGUCCGGAACACAUGGACGAGCUACGCAAUAAGAUAUCGAACUCCUACCGCGAGUGGGACUUCGCCGGAGAAUUCGUCGGGCGCAGAGGAAGCGUAGAUUCAUUGCUCGACGAUAUAUCACAUUGAAUGUA